AUGAUAAAAAUGUCCACGCGUAACUCGUUCUGGAAUUAGCAUAUUGCCGUGAAGCCCAGAACACGACCAACACCUGUUCGCGUCGUUAUAAUUAGUACAAACUCCAGUUUCGUCUGGAUUCUGGGAAUAUACCAAGAAUAUUGAUCCUUCUAGUACGCAUGUGCUACAUCGUAUGCUGAAAACUGCUGCAGUUACUUCCACUCCUAUUACCGUGCGGGAAACAACAUCAUCUUAAACGAAACUACGCAGUGGUUUCCAUAUGAGUUGUAAGAAUGGGUUUGAAGUGUCUGCUGGUUGUUAUGUGUGUUUGGGCUUGGUUAGGAUCGUUGACUUUUGCAACUUCUGAUGAUGGGUUGAUGAGGGUUGGUCUAAAAAGGAGGAAUUUAGACCUUCAGAGUCUUAAAGAUGCAAGAAUCAAAGAGUUCGUUCGUCCUACUGAUUUAGGGGGUGAUCAAAAAAAUUGUUGUGAUGAAGAUAUAAUAUAUCUUAAGAAUUAUGUUGAUGCACAAUAUUUUGGGGAGAUUAGUAUUGGUUCACCCCCUCAAUACUUCAAUGUUGUGUUUGACACUGGCAGCUCAAAUCUUUGGGUUCCAUCUUCCAAAUGCAUCUUCUCUGAACACCUUGCAGUAUCCCUUAUGGCCAAGGAUCUAUUUAUGGAUUCUUCAGCCAAGAUAAUGUACAAGUUGGAGAUGUCAUCAUCAAAGAUCAAGAAUUUGCGGAGAUUACAAGAGAGGGAUCAUUCGCACUUUCUGCACUUCCAUUUGAUGGCAUACUUGGACUCGGGUUCCUGGAUGCUGCAAUUGGAAAAGUCACACCAGUUUGGUGAAUGCAGGUAUAAUAUGAUAGAACAAGGGCAAAUAUGCCACCAAAUUUUCUCUCUUUGGCUAAAUCAAGAUCCAAUAGAAGAAAUGGGGGGUGAAAUUGUCUUUGGUGGUAUUGACUACAGGCAUUUUAGAGGUGAACACACAUAUGUUCCCCUUUCUCAAAAGGGUUAUUGGCAGAUUGAUGUGGGAGAUGUUCUAGUUACAAGUAACUCAACAGGGUUGUGUGAGGGUGGCUGUGCUGCAAUUAUAGACUCUGGGACAUCUCUAAUUGCUGGUCCAACUAGUGUUGUGACUCAAAUUAACCAUGCCAUUGGAGCAGAAGGGUAUGUUAGUUUUGAGUGUAAAAGCAUUCUCCAUAACUAUGGGGAUUCAAUAUGGGCAUCCUUAAUUGCUGGGUUAAAUCCAGAACUUGUAUGCAGUGACAUUGGACUCUGUUCAAACAACGGAUUUAACACAAUGGAUGAUGUUAUUGAAACAGUGGUGCAUAAUGAAAGUUGGAAUGGAUCACCAAUAAGGGAGAGCCCCUUUUGUUCCUUUUGCAAUAUGAUUGUCCUUUGGGUCCAAGUUCAGAUUAAGCAAAGCAAUGUGAAAGAAAAAGCAUUUAAAUAUGUGGAUGAGCUGUGUGAGAAGCUUCCAAAUCCCCCGGGACAUUCAUUUAUAAACUGCAAUAGUAUUUCUUCCAUGCCACACAUCACAUUCACGAUUGGAAACAAAUCCUUUCCCCUCUCUCCAGAACAGUAUGUACUUCAAUUUGAAGAAGGCUGUUCUACUGUCUGCUAUGGUGGUUUUGUUGCUAUAGAUGUUCCUCCUCCACAGGGUCCCCUCUGGGUUCUUGGAAAUAUAUUCUUGGGGGCAUAUCAUACAGUAUUUGACUAUGGAAAUCUCCGUAUAGGAUUUGCAGAAGCUGCAUAAUUAUAGCUUGGUGAUAUUACUUCACCAAAUUCGUUUUGAAUAAUAAAAAUGGAGGUCUGCAUGAUCCACAAAUAAUAAAUGCAGCUCUUGAGAAUUUGUCUCAAGGUCUCUAUUCAGCUGUAAAUGGUGAUUGGAAUAUUCUAUGAAUAAAAUUUGUGAUAUUUGUUCCCAAGUGUUAAAAUGAGAGAAAAACAAGAGUAAAAGAAUAUAUAAGGCAGAAAAACUUUCAAGAGAGAGAUGCUUAAUUAACUGUGCAUUUAUUUUACAGUACUAAAUACAUCUUAUAAAUGUCAAAACCCUCUAUGGCAGUAAAAGCCUUUUACUCAUCAGUGAGUAAAAAAGGGAUUGUAAUAAAAAUAGGUGUAAAAAAAAAUAUGGAUCCCUUCCCAAAAUUAAGUUGUUUUCAUCUCGUUUAGGAAAACAGCUAUACCAGAAACUGAACCUCUACUCUAUCACUAAUCACUUGUCCUGACAAAAUUUUUUGUUUAAAUUAUAUAUGAAGUAAUCACUUUAAUUGGUAUUCUAAUUUAGUAAGAAAAACAUUUGCAUUGAAUAUUCAGUUACUCCCCUUUAGCAUGAAAAUCUUUGACGAAAUGCUAAGAAAAAAUAAAUACAUAUGUCCAGUCAGAACUUUAAUCAAGCAUAUUAUGAGCAUAACCUGACGAGCAAAUUUGCCAGAGACUGUACAACUUUUGAAAUAGGGAUGUUACUCGGACUUUCGAUUUGCUACUUGAAUCAACUUAUCAGGAAUCUAUACGUCGACCUUAAAUUUGUGAAAGUUUAAGUUACUGAUCAAUGAUUCUUUGAAUAAAUCCUGA